GUUCAUCUCUAGGGUUUAUCAAUCAAUAUAUGUUAAGCCUACCUUUUCGGUUUCAACCCUUCUCUGUUUUGUCUCAGUUGCUCUCUCUUCCUCGCUAGGGUUUUCCUCGCUCUAUCUCCUCUCGUCGAUCGGAGUGUGCGUCGUCAGCAGCAGCAGCAAGGAGAGUAAGAAGCCGCCGCCGUAGCGCCACCCAAACUAGGAUCGAUUACUCCUUACCUACGCCGGCACCAUGGGUCGUAUGCACAGUCGCGGUAAGGGAAUGUCCGCCUCUUCUAUCCCCUACAAGAGGACCCCACCUUCCUGGCUCAAGAUCUCCGCUCAAGAUGUGGAUGAGAACAUUUGUAAGUUUGCAAAGAAGGGUUUGACACCUUCUCAGUUUGGUGUGAUUUUGAGGGAUUCUCAUGGUAUUGCUCAAGUCAAGAGUGUUACUGGUAACAAGAUCCUUCGUAUCCUCAAAGCUCAUGGUAAGUUAUUUUCUGAUAUCUUUUGAAGAUUUGAUUGGGAC